AUGGACGAACAGCAAGCAGAGGAUGGAAAGGACGGAAAGUUUGACUACUUGGUCAUCGGCACCGGCCUGAUCGAAUCGAUGGUAGCACAUCACCUGGCGUCUUCAGAUAGCUCUACCGCCGUUCUCCAGGUGGACCCCAACAGCUUCUAUGGCCAGUCGUGGGCGGCCGUCGAACUGGACGCCCUCCAAUCAGGCUCAUAUGCCUGCACCUCUUCGAGCUCCUUCACCAGUGCACCAGGAUCAACCGGCCCCUCCUCGACCAGUCCCGUCAGCCAGAACAAGUCUUCCGCAUAUUCUCUCUCGCUCCAACCCACCCUAGUGCCUGCCCGAGGAACCUUCGUCGACGCUCUCGUCGCAUCCAACGUCGCCCCCUAUCUCUCCUUCCAACUCCUGCAUGCUUUCAUUCUCGCUCAGCCCGACCUCUCUCUCUUGCCUCUUCCCGGAUCUAAACACGACUUGUUCAGAAUGUCCCAACUCAGUCUGCUCGAUAAACGACUCCUCAUGCGCUUCUUUCAGGCUAUCCUCGAGCCUGACCGGCUACUCUUACCUGAGCCAGGCCAAUCACUAUCAGACUACCUAAGUCGACCGCCAUACAUGAUAACGAAUCCGAGAUUGGUUACGGUGAUAGGAGCGCUAUCGCUUUCGGCUGUGGAAGAUCCGGCGGCCGGGCCGGUUCUGGGACGCCUGAAGACGCUGUUAUCGGCCAUUGGACGGCAUCCCUCAGCGACGCUCUCGGCCCUGCCCGCUGCGCUGCUGUUGGGCGAGUACGGCGGCGGAGGCGAAUGGGCCGAAGGCUUCGUCCGGGCCGCCGCCGUCACCGGACGGGCGACCCAGGUCCUCGGCCGACCGGUCCUGUCUCUGCGGCAGUCCAUCGACGGGACUCAGCAGCGUUGGAUCAUUCGACUCGGCCGCCAGUCCGGCCACCCUGUCGGAGGCGAAGAUCAUCUUGAGUUCUCGGCCGGCCGGCUACUGGUCUCCCAGCAAUACCUCUCCCUGCUCCUACCCGACAUCUCCCCUCCUCCGACCGCAUACACCAUCAGUAGGGCAAUCGCCAUCGUCGGCCGGUCAGGCCUUGAUAAACUAAACCAGUUGGGAAAAGUGGAGACCGCCGAGCCCCGUGGCAGCCAUGCGCUUGUCGUCUUCCCCCCGGAGGAAGGCUGCGCCGAUAGACGGCCAGUCCAUGCCUUGAUCGUCGGCCCAGACUCGGGCUCAUGUCCGGAAGACGAGCAGAUCAUCUACCUCUCCUCGAUCAUCCCUGCUCCCGAUCCCACCUUCGACCCAACUCAACUUCUGGAGCCGGUCCUGGAUCGGCUCCUCCGUUCCGCCUCCUCAUCCGCCCCGCAGGAAGUCCUUAGAAGCUCGACCUUUUACUCCCAGUGCGUCCCACAUCUGCCGCCACCCUCUACAACCCGUUCGGCCUCCUGGAUCGUCCCCUCUUGGCCUGCCGAGCCCGAACGCUCUGGGCUCGCUGAAGUCGUCGAAUGGGCCCGCUGA